AUGUUUAGACUUCCAGUGGGAUUAGUCGCUAGAACUAGAGAGGUCACUAACCGCCUUGCGUUCAACAGUGCAAAGGGUCUCAAUGUAUGCUUAUCAAGAAAUUUAAGGGCCUUUCCUAGACCAGUACCAUCGGCUGUUAUAUCUACCGCAAUCCCAAAAUAUGGAGGAGAAGGUUUCCAGUUUCCUAGGCUUUCAUUAAUUUCUCCUAAUCAUUGUUCGUACACUCAUCAAUUUCUAUCCAAUCAGAAAAGCUCGACAUUCAAGUUUAUCAGUAAAAGAGCCUUCCAUUCGUCACGACGUGCGGAAAUAAAGUUUAUAUUUUCUUCGAAGUCACCAAAGAAUGGUAACAAGCCGUUUGUGAAAGUUUACAAAGUUUCUCCAUUUUUUAUCCUAUUUGCAACUGCAAGCAUCUUCACAUUUAUCUUAACAUCGACAAUAGUCGUUAUUCCCUUCAUCUUUCAUUUUUUUUUCCCUCUUCUUAUUAUCUUCAUUUCUUUCAAACAAUUCAAAAAAUGGCAGAAAAAUAUCUUUUACAAGGAUGUUUUUACCUCUUUACCGAGAACAGAAUUGAGAAUAACAGUGCCCACCAUGAGAUCAUUACAAUUACAACCUAUGGUCCAGAGUUGGAAGGAGAUCUCUUCCAGAAUGGGAAUUCCAAAUGAGUUUGCCAAGGGUUUAAACGUUAAUUUAGUGAAGCAAGAUGAAAUCAGAAAGCAGUUUCUAAGUUUUCUGCAAAAAAGAGUACUAGAAUCCUUUACCAAGAACGAAAUGGGAAUAAGAUCAUACUUUCUAGGCGACAGCGUUGAGAAAUGGAUCGAGGAAUCUUAUGACCUGGAGCUCAAUAUUGAUAAUUGUCGAAGUGAACUGAGAAAAUUUCAAACUUUUGUAUUCUCCAGUGUCCGGUACAAAUUGUAUUUAGAUUCAAUGAAAAAUCUACCGUUAAACCCUUCAAAAAAACUUGAGGGCAAGAAGCACAUUGCAGACGUAUAUGUAAUUAUUUUAGACGAAUCUUUUCCUGAAAUAAUGUUCAGUAGUGGCGGCUAUUCAAAGGCCGAUUUUUUCAAGAUAUUACAAGAAAGUGAAACCUCUAAUAGCAGCAAAACGCUUAAUGUGGUUAUUGCCAUCAAAAGUGUUAAUACACUGCUAUCGAAGCACUUUGUUAUCACAGCAAACGGUGAUUCAGGCGACUUCUUUUCAAAAUAUUACAUUUCGAAAGUAAAUGGCAAAAACACCGAGUACACCUUAAAAAAUAGACAAUAUUAA